UCAUCAUUAAUAUAAUAUAAUAAUUUAAAAAGUUAUAAAAUGUUACGUAAUAGUAUUAAACUUUCAAAACUUUUAGUGAGAUAUGUUUCUUCAUCAUAUCAAAAAAAUAAACAAUUUGAAAUAAAUAACAAUAGUGAAUUUGUUAGUAAAGUAAUGAAUAAUUCAGUACCUGUUAUUGUGAAUUUUCAUGCUGAAUGGUGUGAUCCUUGUAAAAUUCUCACACCUAAAUUAAUAGAAUUAAUAGGUCCAAUGGAUAAAUUAGAUCUUGCCAUUGUAAAUUUAGAAUCAAAUCCAGAAUUAGUACAUAUAUUUGAAGUGAAAGCUGUACCAGCUAUUAUAGCAAUUUCAAGUGGAUUGGUUGUGGAUAAGUUUAUAGGUUUAACUGAUUUAGAUAUUAUAGAAAAUUUAAUACAAAAACUUACUAAUACAUCUUUAAAUUCUGAAAAUAAUAAAAGAAAAGUUUAAUAUUCAUUAUAUGUAUUAUAUAAAAUCAUCAUAAUAAAUAAUUAAACAUAUUUUUAUAAUUUA